GUGUACUUUUAAAUCCAACAGUUAUCGCUUCGGCAGUCAAGAUCCGUGUCUUGGUAUCAACAAGUACUUGAAUAUCACUCACACAUGCGGAGAAAUACGAACAACACCGACAACAAGUCAGAUGACACCAACGACGAUGCAAUCGACACAGAUGAUCACAUCGCAACCCAAAGGAACAACACUAGGAACAACCACAGGAACAACACCAGGAACGACACCUGUGACAACGCCAGCUACAACACCUGGAACAAAACCUGGAACAACACCUGGAACAACACCGGUAACGACGCCAGCUACGACACCGGGAACAACACCUGGAACAACACCCGGGACAACUCCUGUAACAACACCUGGAACAACACCAGUAACAACGCCAGCUACGACACCUGCAAUAACACCUGGAACAACACCAGUAACAACGCCAGCUACGACACCUGCAACAACACCUGGAACAACUCCGGGAACCACACCAGGUACUACACCAGGCACAACACCAGUAACAACGCCAGGAACAACACACAAUACAACUCCUGGAACGACACCUGGAACAACGCCAGCUACGACACCGGGAACAACGGCAGGAACAACAACCCCUGGAACAGCAACGGUAACAACGCCAGGAACAACACCCGGAACAACUCCUGGAACGACACCUGAAACAACACUUGGAACAACACUUGAAACUACGCCAGCUACAACACCGGGAACAACCCCAGGUACAACAC